AUGCCUUUUCUUGGAAUCGGAGGUUCAUCUGACUCCAAAUCGGUCGACCCCGAAGUGCGCAAGGCCGAGAAGAUCUUGGCGAACGAGGCGCGCCACGAGCAGCGCAACCUCGAACACGCCGUUAAGGACGUGAGCAAGGUAGAGAAGUCGCACGAGAAGGGCUUCAAGUCGGCAGACAAGGCGCAGCAUGCACUGGAAAAAGCAGCAAACGAGGAGCACGCCACCGCGAUGGAGCUCAACAAGGCAGAGCACAAACACGAUACUGCCGUCGCUGAUCAUAGGAACGCCGUGAAGGAACUCGAGCUCAGCAAGCAGAAUGAGGAGCGCCUCCAGGAGUAUGUGCUGCAACGCAGAAGCACUAUGGAGGAGCUUCAGAACAAAAAGGGUGCCAACGAUCGAACGCGCGAAGGGAAGCUCUCCCAGCUUCACGCUUCCAGCACCAGAAGCAUCGAUGAAGGGCCUUCCGGGGCGCCCACUGGCCCGGACGCGGUCUCUGCGACGGGAGAUGGUCCGUCUGGAAUACAGGGACCCACCGUUUGA